AUGUUAAACUUCCAGAAGUUUAUCUUUUUUAUACUACUAAGUCUGGUUCAGUCUCAUCCGGAUGAAAUAUUCCUACGAAUUCAAGAUUAUCAAGUCAAAUUGCCCAUUGAUAAUGAUAUUGUGGAAGGCAUGGUUAAAAAUCAUUCCCGAAUUGGAAUUUCUGAGAAGUAGGGAGGGUCUGACUAUUAAUUUUUGUUGAAUUGACAAUUUUAUAUGCUAAAUAACAUUUUAGAAUUGUGAGACAAACAAAAACGGAUAUUACUGACCCAUUAAAUGCAUUUUUCUAUGUGAGAGACGGCUUGUAUCAAGAGCAAACUAUCAAAAAUGUCUUGAAAGAAGGGUCAGCUACAUUAAAGCAACUGAGAUCGUUGGAAAAGGUCGGUUAAAGCAGUCAAUUUGUAGAUAUUAUCGUUUUCCAGAUUGUCCCACUCAAAGAAGAUGAUCUGACAAGUGCUGCGAAGCAGAUUUUCAAUCUUCAAUUAACCUACAAUCUAUCCUCUACUUAUUUUACGGAUGGUCUAGAAGGUCCAACUUAUUGUGCAAGGCCUUUGAAGAUCUUUUCCAUUUUCCAGAUUGCAUUAAUUGCAUGUGAAUUGAAGCGAUAUUACCAUUGCAUUGAUUGGAUGGAAAAUGUGGACAGUAAAAAGAAAAUCGACUGGGAUCCCCGAGUUCUGAGGGAGAAGCAAUUGGAGGCUAUCGGAUUGGCACUGCUGUUACAGGGGAAUUUGAAGAGAGCUUGGCUGGUGAGCAGAGAGUUGUCAAGGCUGAAUCCAAAGAAGGAAGGAGCCAGAAGUAAGCGAGCUAUAUUCAAAGCUCCAAACACUAUAAAAAAUAUUUAUUUCGUAAAAAAACGAUUGGACAAAAAAAUAUACAAAAAUCGGAAAAAAGUUUUGGUUCACACUAAUAUUAUAGUUGCUUUUCUGGAUGGAAGUGUGAUAUGGUAGGGUAUUACAUCCAAAAAAAUAUAGAUUGCUUUCCGGAGAGGCCCUUUCCACAGUAGUUACUGAAAUCCAACAGUCUUUAUUUUCAGAAAACGUUGCUAGAGCGACACAUCUCGUUGGGAUGUAGGGAUAGACAAUUAUGGCAGAGGCUGAGUGGGCUAGCCACAUCCAGGCGGUCGUUGAAGUAGAUAGGACAUUGGUGGAUUAUAUGAGUGCCACGGCAGAGUAGGCGGUGGCGCCUUUUUCUGCCUCCUUCAGAUUGAGGGGCUCAUUCCCUUUCUCCUUCCAUUCUACAGGCAGAUUAUUUCUCAUAACUGUGGCAUUCGUUCGCUCCCUUUGCAGUUUUUGACGCAAAUCAUCCGCGGUAGAUGAUUGUUGAUUAUUUUCUUGGAGUUGUCGGACUAUGUCGGGUAAGCCCAUCAGCUGUUCUAAGGGAAUCGGGUGCGCAAAUCGGUUUACUUGUAGGAAAUCUACAAAUUCUUCUUGUGACAGUCCAGAUAUGAACUGGUUGGCUGCUUGUAAUAAUUCGGCGAUUCGGGGAGCAACCCGAUCGUCUCCUGUGCUGUACCUGGCGAAGGUCCUGUUAUGUAGGGAGGACCAUCGGGACUGGGUCAGAAGGUUGCGUGUUCGAAUCACGUCGGGGUCACCAAUAAAUUUGUCGUGGCUGUAUGCCGACGACGAAUCUAUCUUAAGAAGGUGCGGUUGUACCUUAAGGGGAGGGUUGGAGGGGAAUAUUCAAGGGAGUAUAUAGGGCACAAAACAGGACCGGGGAAUUUCCACAAACCCCAAAAAUCACGGAAUGAUUCUGAUAUAUUUAUUGAAGAUUCAGGCCAAUCUUAUAUAGUGAGAAAACUCAUAAAAAUCACAUAACUUUCCAUGGCUUGUUCAAACACCAUAAACGCAUUUAAUCCAUCGCGAUAAUUUUAUGAUCCAUAGAAUUGCCGCGACAGUUUGCAUACCAUCAAAACAUCAUUAACAGAAUAGCUUUCCUUAUUUGCUUUAGGACCACACAAGGUAUUACGGGAUUUGAUCAUGGGCGUGCGGUGAUGUUUGUGCUCCGUGCUAGAUCCAGAACACAGGUAUCUUUCUGGAAUAUAUAAAAAUCGGAAAAAAUUUUUGGUUCACACUAAUAGUUGCUUUUCUGGACGGAAGUGUGAUAUGGUAGGGUAUUACAUCCAAAAAUAUAUAUAUUGGCUUUUCGAAGAGGUCCUUUCCGCAGUAGUUACUAAAAUCCAACACCUUUCAUUUUCAGAAAACGUUGUCCAGCUGAAGAAGUUCCUCAAAGGCCGAGAACUUGAGGACCUCGAGUAUAUACCACCUCUAAACAAUCGGCUAACCGGUGACAGCCCCCUCAACAGAGUGUGCCGUAAUUACAAUACAAUCCCGUUCUAUCAGAACUCGACAGCCAUCUGUUAUUACCAAAGACGCAGUUAUAUCAGCCAUUUCAAAGUGCAGAUGAUUUAUUUGGACCCAUUGAUCCGCGUUUAUCAUGACGUUCUGGGAGAUGCGGCUGCAACAAAACUAAGGACUUUGUCCAAGGGAAACUUGAAGAGAGGAUUGGUGUUCAACUCCAAUACUGGUGUUGUUUCGGCGACUCCGACAAGAACGAGUUUGACGGCGGAUUUGAGGAACAUCACGGACAUAGAGCUUGAAAGGAUCGACAGAAUGGUGGAGGAGAUGACUGGGUUGGAUCCAAAGGCAGGGGAAGCCUUGAAAGUGAAUAAUUAUGGAAUCGGAGGGCUGUAUAAACCGCAUUAUGAUCAUAUCUUGGUAAGACUCUUUCAUUUAACAUUUCGGUUUUCUCGUUUGACUUUCCAGAACGCAACCGCAGCUCCCCCGGCGACUGGUCGCAGAAUUGCAACGGCUCUGUUCUAUGUAAGUAUUUGCCUACAUAUACGUAUACAUAUUGAUGUUAAACUUCAAAGCCGUACGUAUAAAACUUUAAAUUCCAGCUAAACACCCCACACAAAGGCGGCGCUACCGUCUUCACAAAGCUCAACAUUCAUGUUGCACCUGCAAAAGGAAGUGCCAUUUUUUGGUAUAAUCUUCACGAAGACGGGUCGGGUGAUGACCGAACACAGCAUGCUGGGUGUGCUGUGUUGAGUGGAGAGAAAUGGAUCGCAAACAAAUGGAUUUUUGAGAGAGGGCAGGAGUUUAGAAGGAGGUGUACGAUACGGAAGUAA